UCUUAUUACAGUAAUAAAAUGAAAGUAAUAAGUAAUAUGUAAUAAGUUACUUAUUACUUUACUUUACUUCUAUACCUCAAACAUCCUUGAACAUGCAUUGCAAUUUGCUUUGAUCUAAUUACGCAAAAAUGUAUAGAUGAAGUAUACGAUACCCAAAAAGUCGAUUGAAACCAUAGGCGAAGAGUGAAAGGAUGAAUGCAGUAAAGAAUCAGACGUCGGUCUGAUGACAUCAUCAAAAUCCCAGACUGUUUUGCGUAUACAUAACAGCAGCGAAAUAUGUAUAGAUAUAGAAGCACAUGCCAAAAGCCGACAAUAAACAACGUUGUGAAAUUCUGUUUAUCAACAAUGCAUGUGUCAACUCUGUAUAUAUAUCUGUGUUAGUGAACUUAUUCAGCGGCUGACACAUGCAUUCAAUAUAUUCAUAUGGAAUAUAUACGCAAUAUAUUGCGUAUGAAAACAAACCGAAGCUAUCUGUCAGUCAUUAUUCGAUUUGCCGAGCGCAUACAAUGUUCUGAGCUACUUAUUUUGGAAAAACCCAUAAAACCCGCUCAAGUUUUACGUUAUUUAAGGGAAGGCAUAAAAUUUAUCUGUUUAAUUUGUGCAAACGAAAUGAGUGCUGAAACAAUGAGUGAAACCGGUUUCAAUCUCCUUGAUUUUUCGGAUGAGAUUUUGCUUGGCAUAUUUGCGAAUUUCAACGAUAUUAAUUUGUUGAACCUGAUUCGAGUGUGCAAACGAUUCAAAGCUAUCGCAAAAGGUGCAUUUGACACGAAAUACAAUGGUAAUUCCGAUGACAAUUACUACGACAUUAAUUUCCAUUCGAACGAUAGCAAAGAUGAUCAAAAGCUGUAUCGCACUUUCGUAAAAACUUUCGGCAAUGAAAUGAUAGCCAUGCGCCUAAACCUAGGCAGAGGAUUUAAUCGACACAAGUUGUUAACGCUAAUAGGACGAUGCUGUCGAUCUACAAAAUACCUCAUCAUCUGCUGUCCUCGAUCCAGAUUGAAUGUUUUGGAAUUGAUUCAAUCGAUGUCUGAAUUGAUCAGUCUCACAUUUUACGAUUUUGAUCGAUUUGCAAAUUUUGAUUGGGUUGAUAUUCGUUUUCCUCAUUUGAAAGAGUUGUACAUCGGUGAUGAGGGCCACUUGGAUUUCAGAUUGUUAAGACAAUUCCUAUGCAUACAUCAACAGCUAGAACAUUUAAGUUUGAUCAAGUGUCCAAGAUUUCCAUUGAGGGCGAUUCAAGCACUCAGAUUCAAUAUGAAUCGACUGAAGUCGUUGGAAUACAUCGCUAAAGACAAUAAUUUCGGUACAAAUUGCCGCGAAAUGAAAACGGAACAGCCGGAAUUGUUGAAAAUAUCCAUUAAUGGAGCAUGCAUUGAAAAUGUUCUACGAAUAACUGCAAAGCAAGCCACGUCUUCAAUUGAACGAUUAACAUUGUGCUUAGACGACAAUGGAAAUGAAUCAGAUAUCAUAAAUGAACGACUCGUUGGUGUUAUGCCGUUGUUUGAGUGAUUUACUUAUUUGCGCCUGGAACAAUUUGAGAUAUCACUCGAUUUACUUCAGGAUAUUUCACGACUCUUGCCGAAUCUAGUUUCAUUGCAUACAUUUGGCGAAAAGCUUAAUGGAAUCUUGCCCAGUAAUGCACUGUGUGUGUUCACAAUGGGCAAAAAUUUAAUGGAUUUAUUGCUCGAAAGAAAGGACAAUUUCACUGAACGGGAUAACAGCAUUGAAACUGAUCAAUUUGACUUGGAUUUUCAAAAGAAAUUCGUUAACAUUGUCCAGAACCGUGGCAGUGAUGCGAAACUCCGAAUCAUUCACGAAGAAGGGAAACUGAUAUUUACAAGUGAUAAAAUUGAAAGCAAUGGUAAGUUGUGAAGCGUUGAAUGGUCAAAAAGAGCAUUUCCUUGAACUUGGUGCCAAAUGCUUGGAAAAUAUUUUCAUUUACUUAGAUGAACAAAGUGAACGUGCACUGUACGAAACAUAUACUCAAACGAAAAAAGCAAUGCAACAACGAAUUAAGCAGCAUGUUUUCCGUGUUUGUGAUGUUAACAGUGUCAUAGACACAAUCAGCCGGUUCGGAGAACACAUGACAAAAUUAUCGAUUGACGUAAACACAAAUGAUCGUUUGCAGAUGGCUCAAACGUAGGAUUUAAUCGUCGAAAAAUGUAAUAUAUGACCUUAACCGAAUUACAUUUUGUAAAAAUUCGAGUCGAUACAAUGGAAAGUAAUUUGAAGCCAGAAUUUCCAAACUUAACCAUGUUGAAAGUUAUGUCAGUUAUUUCGACUCGUACUCAGGUAUUUCCAUCGAUGGUAUGUCCAAAGUUCACUCAUUUGGAGUUUCAUUCCGGUACAAUCAAUAUUCCAGCCAAAGCGAAGAAUUUCGGUAUCUCGGCUAACCUAUUGAAAAGCAUCCGACUAAUGCACUUCAGUGAUGGCAUCGACAAAAUUCUACGUUUUCUUGAUCAGAAAAUUUGUGAUCAACUUCGUGAGUUUACUAUUGAGAUGAGACUGACGAGAGAAGAGCACCACCACAAAGUAGUUAACAUACUAACGCGGUUUAGAAAUCUCACAACACUCAGCUUUGACAUUGGCCAAAUUGAAAUAGCGAAUGCAAAGUUUUUAUUUGAAUCUUGCACGAAGUUAGUCAAUCUAAACAAGGGAUAUCACUUCCGAUGUAAGCAUGACAAAUAUCGCCAAGUAUUAAGACACAUCAAACGGAAUUGUAAACAAUUGGAAGUGAUGAAUUUACAUCAACUGUACGGCAACUAUUUCGAUGAAAGUUUUUUAACCGAAAUUGUCAAUUUGUUUCCGAAGGUGAAACUUUUUACCAUCGCAGAAGACGAAGAUUAUUAUUUCUAUAAAGUAAAAGCCUUCGGAAAAGGGGCGAAAACCAACUACGAUAAGCCAUUUUAAGACGAUGAUCCAUGCAUGAAUCGGUUUUAGUUCAAAUUAUGAUUGAUAUGAAAUGAAAAAUUAAUUAAAAAUGUAUCAAAAAACCAUUACUUUUAUGAAUGUUUUGUUUUUAAUUCACUUUUUUCUACUCUGGUAAAAGUUUUUAUAACGAAUUUCAACUCAUCUUCCUUAGUUGACUUGUAGAUAAAUGAAAUGUUAUCAUCAUACUUUGUCGAAUAUUUUAUUUUCAAUAAAUUUAUUAUUGGUAAAGGUAUAAAUUAAUGUCGAAGAUUUCGUAGAAACCCAUUUUCGGUAAGUAAUCAAUACACAUAUUAUAAUAAUGAACCAGUGCGUUCUCGCACGGUGUGCAUCCCUGGAAGAUACACACAAUAGCCAUAACAAUACGUGUGUAUGUACGAUGACCGAAAAUAAAGGCUUUGAAAUCCUGUUUGUCAACAAAACUUUCUAUACUAUGUUAACAUGUGUUUGAAUGUACUUAUUCAGCAACAUACACAUCACAUGGAAUGUUCAAUCUCUGUUACUUUUCAGGGCGAUUCAAAUCAAGAAAUCACUAUUUGAAUGGCGUAAAUACGAGGGUUUAAUACAUCAGCCGUAUACAUUCAAUGAGUAUUAUUGACUAAAAUGUGGUUAAAUUGAGCAAUACUGUUCAGAAAUAGCAAUAUGAAAACAAAUCUGAAUUGUUUAGAAGUUCAAUUUCAUUGCCGCUUGAAAGUGUUAACAUGACCUACGCAAUUUUUUAUGCCAUCAAAAUAGGGUAUAUCAUUUGACCGCAGUUCGGAGUUUGAUGAUGAUAAACGAAGAUAUUUUUGUUUUUAAUUCUUUGAAUAGACCAUUGUCAAGGUUAUAUUUUGGAAAAUAAUCACGGGUCAGCUCCAGAUACUGCGGACGCGUUGUCGAUGUAUACUUCUUAUCGUUUGUUUUAACCCGUUCAUUCAACAAUAAAAUCCAAACGAUUUUGAACACUUAUUCACGCUAUUAAAUUGAAACGGAAUUUGAUUGUGAUAAAUAUAUAGAGAUAAACGUUUGACGUGCUUUGAUAGCCAUUUUUUUUACAUUCGGUUUAUUUACUGCUUUCCAUUUCUUUCAAGUAAGCUUUUACAUUGUUUCAAUUUUUAAAAACAUUCAAUUUCAUUCCGAGAUUCUUUAUUUAAUGCCAAAUGAGACAGUUCGUUCCGAAAUCAAAGUGAGCUCAACAAUUCAGCAAAUCAACUCAGACAUUCCGUGUGACUGCAUAUCGAGCUGAGCUAUUUACAAAUAGCUGGCUGUUUGGUACAUUUUGAUUUUGUGACUAUCGAGCCAUGCAAAUUCAUGUGAGAUGAUAAUUCAACAACAUCUUGGCCAAUCCCAACCUUUGCUCACGUACACUCUUUCUAUUUCUGACGUCUAAAAUGAGGAACGAAAUUUAGAUUUUUAUUUUCAUUAUAUUUUUUGUUUUAUUUUUACCUUAUUAUUAGUGACAAAAUAGGCAAAGGUGACGUUCCUAGGAUCCAGGAAUUUGAUACAUUUCGUGAACGCUGUUAUAUGGCUUUCGUAUUUUUUGCAUCCAGAAUAUCCGUAAAAUAGGGAGUCACCUGUAAUUAUUCAAGUAAUUCUUAUCAUUUUUUUCUCUUGAUUUAUUGUUAUUGUUGUUAUACUUCAAAACAUCUAUUCUAUAUGCUUACAAUCAACGCGUUCACCAAAUGUAUAGUUUUGCACAACGUGGGCUGGUAGCGGUUCAUCAUCAUCAUUUGCAGAGCAGUCAACGAAAAAAAGAGCUACAAAUAUUGCCACGAUCAUUGUCACAAGCAUUCGACGGAAUAUUUAAAAAGCAUCCAUUAUCAAAAGUGGUUAAAAUGUAUCUAAACCAUAUUAGUUCGCUAUAUUUCGACUUUAUAUGGAGUAUCAUUGCAAUUAUCAUUAUUUUCAAGCAGAAAAACUAGUAAGCAAAACAAUGUAAUUAUCUGAAAAAUCAAACACGAGCAACAAAUUUCGAUCGUCUCUUUUGGCACGUGAAAUAAAUUAGUGGAAUGAACAAUGCCUGAACAAUGUCGAUCAGAGCUUGAUUUUUUUUUUUUUGAAUUGUGAUUUGAUCAAUUUGUUCAUAAAAUUUAAAAUGCGUUUUUUCACACUUUCUCUCGUCGUUUCAAUGGAGCAACGAAUGAUAAAAAUUCAAAAAUUUAUUUGAAUAUUCGAAUUUCACGAUAAAUAUAUACAUUUUGUUUGAAAAUUUGCUCUUUUUUUCUUGGUAUUGUGCUUCUUUUCAUCGACGAAAUGCGAAUAUAUUUGAUGUUGUUCAUCAACGGUUUCUUCCAUUCCAUCGGAAACUUUCUCAUUUUCAAAAGCGUUUCCAUGGAUUUUUGAUUUUCAAUUUCCAGGUCAUAGUUUCCACGCUAAAUCCAUCUGUCGAACAGAUCUCAUCGCUUUGUGUCCUUACGUACAAAAUGAUGUUUUUUCAGACAAUCAUUUGCCGAGGCAUUCUUCGUUUCAAACCCUAUCGUUCACUGUAAGGCAAUAAUUACUUUAUGAUGCUAUUUCAAACUAGAAUCUCAUAAGCUUACCGAGCUGAAUCGCCGAAUCAUAGGUCUGCUAAAAGUCCUAUGCUUGGAACUGUGGGGACAAUUCAUGUAUGUCCAACAUUUGUGUGCCUUAGUAACAUUGCUCUCAUCAAAGGGAUCUUUACAAAACUGAGACAUUUCUGUGCUUGGCUGGUAUCUCCAAUAUUUCGAGGCAAAUGCUGAAAUAUUUUAUUGCAUUAUGGUUUUAUUUUGCAUAUGACCAUAUUCAAAUUCACGUUUUCAAAAAUAAAAACUCGAUUUUUCAUUUGCAAUUUAGUAUAUUCACAGUAAUUAUUACGUUGUACUUACCUUUGUGGAAUAAACCAAUUAUUGUUAGAAUAACGAUUAGAAAAGUGAACAUCAACCUUCGCAGAACCAUUUUUUUUAAUAUGAAAAAAGAAACAAAA